AAAUAUUUUGGUUACUGCACAGCGGAGUUGAGCUGAGAAGAAACGAGGAGGCUGACGAUCACGUUCACGUGUUUCUCUGAAACCCUAACCCCCAAAAUUCAAAAAAUUCCUAUCCGAUUUGAUCGGAAAAAAGAAAGAGAAAUGAGCGAAGAAGGCAAGGGCAGAGGAGUGACCGGCAACCAGCAGAACCAGCUCCCCUAUGGCACGUUCCAAGGCGUCGCCAACUACUACCCUCCUGCCCCUCAGCCACAGCCUCAGCCGGUUGUCGGUUUCCCUCAGCCAGUUCCUCCCCCAGGUUACCAUCAUCAUCUUCCUUAUGGAUACCAAACCGGUCAAGUUGUUCAAGGUUAUGCUGUUGUUGAGGGAACACCUAUAAGGGAACCACGUCUUCCUUGCUGUGGUAUCGGUAUGGGCUGGUUCUUGUUUUUAUUUGGUUUCUUUUUUGGUGGCAUUCCCUGGUACAUUGGAACUUUUAUUCUGCUCUGUGCACGAGUUGAUUACAGAGAAAAACCUGGAUAUAUUGCUUGCACAAUAGCUUCCACACUGUGUGCGAUUGCUGUUUUGCUUGGUGUAACAAGAGCUCAUGGUCAUGGCUGGUGAGAUUAUAGGAUCAAUUGCAAAAUCUGAUGUAUAUAUGCCUGUAUCCAAAGAACAAAUUGGUUGGUUAUUAUAAUUUUCCUUGGAGGCUGUUCUAACCUGUAUUUGUGCAUAUGUAUUGUUGCCAUUCUUCUGAAUUCGUAGCAAAUUCCUAUUAGAUUGCCAAUUAUUGAAAAUAUCAUGGCAAUGAAAGGAAAUGCUGUAUAUUUUUAAAACUCAACUUAAAAUGUUAUUCUGAUUCCGUUAAUAUAUAAAUUCUAUUGGCAAUGUGCAUGU